CAGUCUCAGCCCCAGGGUAGCAAGGAGUCCUCAGCGGGUCUGCCAGCGAGGAAGGGCCAGAGGGCGAAGGAGGAGCGGGUACUAAGUUGAAGUCAUCCAGCAGAUACUAAGUCGGUGGAAAACACCAGUGGGAAAGAACACAAUGGCAGAGUUGAGUCCCACCACAGGGGAGAGUAACUACUCCCAAGAUAUUCAAGUGGAUGAGAAGCUUGUUCCCAAGAAAGGUCUAAGCUUAUGUUCCACUCGCUAUGGGAUAGCCCUCAUCAUACAUGUCUGCAACUUCAUAACAGCGGCACAGAAUACUGUCAUAAACAUCACCAUGGUAGCCAUGGUCAACACCACAGACCAUCAGUUCCAGUUUAAUGGCUCCACUGAGCGGCUGCCUGGUGGCCCAAAUAAUGCCCCAGACAGUCUUCCUGCAGAGGCUCCUACGUAUGACUGGAGUCCUCAAAUCCAGGGCAUCAUCUUUGCUUCUGCUGCCUAUGGCAUGACUUUGACAAUGGCUCUUAGUGGAUACCUGGCUGGAAGAGUAGGAACAAAGCGAGUGGUUGGUGUUUCUUUGUUUGCAUCCUCACUCCUCAUUAUCUUCAGCCCUCUGGCAGCUGAGCUUGGACUAAUUUCCCUCAUAGCAACUCGAAUGGUCCAGGGGCUAGUCCAGGGGUCAAUAUUUGGGGGUCAGAAUGCGCUUUGGGAGAGAUGGGGUCCUCCACAUGAACGAAGCCGACUCUGCACCAUUGCUUUAUCAGGAAUGCUGUUGGGAACCUUCACCAUCAUCCUCGUGGGUGGCCUCAUCAGUCAAACCCUUGGGUGGCCUUUUGCUUUCUAUAUCUUUGGAGGCAUUGGCUGUGUCUACUGCCCUUUCUGGUUUAUUCUGAUUUAUGAUGACCCUGUCUCUCAUCCAUGGAUAAACGUCACAGAAAAAGAAUAUAUCAUAUCCUCCUUGGCCCAACAGAUACACGUCAGCUCUCAAAAGCAGCCUCUUCCCAUCAAGGCCAUGCUCAAGUCUCUACCCCUUUGGUCCAUCUGUGUCUGCUCUUUCGGCCAUCAGUGGCUAGUUGCCAUACUGAUUACAUACACACCAACUUAUAUCAGCUCUGUGUUCAGUGUUAACAUCAGAGAUAAUGGGCUCCUGUCUGCCCUUCCUUUUAUCAUUGCCUGGGUCAUUGGUAUCCUGGGAGGCUACCUGGCAGAUUUCCUCCUGACCAAGAAUGUUAGGCUCGUUACUGUGAGGAAAAUUGCCACAUUUCUAGGAAAUUUCCCAUCUUCGGCGCUGCUUGUGGCUCUGCCUUACCUUCCCCCUAGUUACAUCACGACAAUGACCCUCCUAACACUCUCCUGUGGACUAAGCUCCUUAUGUCAGUCAGGGAUCUAUAUCAAUGCCUUAGAUCUUGCUCCAAGAUAUUCCAGUUUUCUCAUGGGAACCACAAGGGGAUUAGCAAACAUAGCAGCUCUCCUGGCACCCACUGUCAGUGGGUUUCUCCUCAAUCAGGACUCUGAAUUUGGGUGGCGAAAUGUCUUCUUGUUGUUGUUUGCCGUUAACCUCUCAGGAUUGAUCUUCUACCUUAUAUGUGGAGAUGCAGUUGUCCAAGACUGGGCAAAAGGGAGGAAACUCACUCGUUUAUGAAGUUACUCUAUCUUGAUAUGAUGGAAAGUCACCGGACAUCUUUCUUCACAAAUGAGAAGCCUAUGGUGAUGAACACACCCAAAGAAUUUCAUUUGCUGCAGUUCUUUUCAAAUCUGAGAUCAGUUCUUUAUGUUACUAAGAUUUCUUUUUGAGGAAAAUAUAAGACGAAUAAAAAUUCAAAUAAAGUGAUAGCCAAGAACAAAAUUGUCAUCUUCAUAGAAUCACCAGUGGAAUCGGAGGAAUGGCUAUAUCAGAGUCAAUAGGCCAGACUCACAGUUUCUGGAUCUCAAAACAGGAAACAAUGUUUGGGAAGCUCUUAAUCCAGGGCAGUAACCUCACUACGAUGAUCAUGUUUCCUAUUUUAAAAGUGAAUAUUGAUUUCUAUUUGUUGGAUGGAUAUUGUCCAUAUGCCCUUCCCUUUCUGUGUUCCACUCUUCAUCCUGCUUAGGCCCCAGCAGGCUGACCUGCAUGGUUUGCCUCCACACUGCCUUGUCCAGUGGCCUCUGCUGGAUUUUCAAUGAAGGCCAAAGAGUGAGGACAGGGAAUAUCUAUCUCUAAGGUCCUUCCCUGUGGGAUCUGUAGGUGGUUGAUUCUUCCCCUACAAUUCACAGUUACCAAUCCCUCCACACAUUCUGGUCACUUCUCUCUUUACUUGUGCCCUCAGGCCUUUUUUUGUCUUUGCCACAUUCCCAGUCCUGUGUAAAUUGUCUCUUUUAACACUGUCUUCAAAAUACCUAUUGUAAAUCUGCCAAACUUUCCUUCUGGGAUCCAACUACUUCAGUGGUUUAAUCCUGUAUAAAGCUCAAAACAUAAAAAGGAUUGGUAUUUUUGUCAAAUGGUAAUGUAUGGGUUUCAUUAGGUUCUGACCUAAUGCACAUGCAGGGAGGCAGGGCUAUUUUCUUAAUUGGUUCUCUUGGUGAUCCUUACCACAUAGACAGUAGAGAUAUCACGUCAUUUCAUGUAGAGGUGAUGUGAUGGGCACAGUUCUGAGUGGAAAACCAGGGCAAGCAGAC